GACUCCUGUGUCUUUGAUUUAUUUUUAAUUUACACGCGCCAAAAUUGGUGUUUGACAAUCAGCAACGACAGUAUCGAUUCACAAAGUGUUUACACGAACAAUCAUUUUGUUUAUUCUGAUUUUUUUUUCACCACGUGAUCUGACGUCUAUCCGACGCCUUCGUGUUCAUAAUUCAUUCAUACCCUCGGUUCGUAGUGAAGCAAAAAAAAAAAAGGAGGAGACACAGUUGGAGGCCAAACUGUGGAAUUAUGGAAACAGUUGAAUCCAAACAUGAUUGGAUCGCUCCUACUGAAGUGGACGGCCUUUACGAUCCAGCUUUAGAGAGAGAAGCUUGUGGAGUUGGAUUCGUCGUCCAAAUCGAUGGCAUCCGUUCCAAUAAAAUUCUUAAAGAUGCUCGGACGUUGGCUUCUCGUUUAGUCCAUCGAGGAGCCUGUUCCUGUGACAAUGACACGGGCGAUGGUGCUGGAGUAUUAACAGCCAUCCCUCAUCAGCUUUACGCAUCCAUCGUUAGGGAAGAAGCUGAUAUCGAAUUGCCUCCAUUAGGCCAUUACGCUACUGGCAUUUGUUUUGUUGACAAACAACAUCAUGCCGAAAGCGAAGCCAUGUUCCAGGAGAUUGCCAAAGAAUGCUCUCUUCAGGUACUCUAUUGGCGAACGGUACCCACUGACAGUUCAGUCAUUGGACAAGUGGCCCGCAAUGGCGAACCAUUAAUGAGGCAAGUCUUCGUUACAUGGGACAAUCCGGCGUUUACUUCGCCAGAAGACGAAAGUGUCUUCUUGGAGAAGGUCUUUGUGCUGCGGAAGAAGGUAACGCACCGAAUCCCAAGGCCCGGUGCCCGUUUCUACAUUUGCAGCUUAUCUCCAGACGUCAUCGUCUACAAGGGACAGCUGACGUCCGACCAAGUUUGGACGUAUUUCGCUGAUCUGGAUAGACCCGAGUAUGAAACUUAUCUGGCACUGGUGCAUACUCGAUUUUCGACCAAUACUUUCCCCAGUUGGGAACGUGCCCAUCCGUUGCGGAUGUUGGCUCAUAAUGGCGAAAUUAAUACGCUUCGAGGUAACGUUAACUACAUGAAAGCCAGGGAAGGUUUGAUGAGUUCCGAACGGUUCGGCAAACGAGCGCUGGCUGAGCUCUAUCCUGUAGUCGAACCCAAUCUCAGUGAUUCAGGAUCGGCUGAUUGCGUCCUUGAAUUCCUCGUCCGUGCUGGAGGUAGAUCACUUCCCGAGGCUAUUAUGACGAUGAUCCCAGAAGCCUGGGAGAAGGAUCCGCAUAUGAAUCGGGAGAAGAAAGAUUUCUACCGCUGGGCAGGAUGCGCCAUGGAGCCUUGGGACGGACCGGCUUUGAUGGCUUUCACCGACGGACGCUAUAUUGGCGCCGUUCUCGACCGGAAUGGACUAAGGCCUUCGCGCUAUUACGUCACACGAGAGAAUGUGGUUGUCAUGGCCUCGGAAGUAGGCGUCUACGACAUCGAUCCGAUCGAUAUUGUACACAAAGGAAGAUUGGAACCGUCCCGAAUGCUAUUGGUGGAUACAGCCAACCGAGUCAUCAUCGGUGAUGAUGAGAUCAAGACGAGCAUCGCUCGUAGUCGACCGCAUUCCACUUGGUUGAGCCAGCUGGUCACCCUGAAUGAUUUAAGAAAAGCGACGUCGGAGAUAUCGAACGGUGAACCAUCUGCUCCAGUCUCCCAACUCGAAUCGACCAUCGAUAUCCGGAAGCAGCUGUCGCUAUUCAACUAUACGUUAGAAACGCUAACACUUUUACUCGUUCCCAUGUUCACUACCAAGAAAGAAGCUUUAGGGUCAAUGGGUAACGAUGCCCCGUUGGCUUGCCUCUCGGAAUUUCAUCCUUUACUCUACGAAUAUUUUAAACAGCUCUUUGCCCAAGUCACUAAUCCGCCGAUCGAUCCUUUCCGUGAAAGGAUAGUCAUGUCGUUGGCUUGCCCUAUUGGUCCAGAAGCCAAUAUUUUGGAACCGAGUGAACAACAAUGUCGUCGCUUAUACCUGGACCAGCCCAUUCUAUCACCCGAUGAUCUAUCUGUCAUUUGCCGUUCUCGCCUUCAGGAUUGGAAGACUCGAGUGGUAGAUAUUACCAUUGAAGCCGGUAAACCCUUGGAUUACAUCGUGGAAUUGGACAGAAUUUGUAAGGAAGUGACAGAUGCUGUCAAUGAUGAGUACCAGUUCAUUGUCCUGUCUGAUAAGAAAGCCGGGAUUGAAAGGACGCCGUUGAGUACCCUCUUAACUCUAGGAGCUGUCCAUCAUCAUCUGAUUGAAGAGAGGCUUCGUAUGAAAGUGGCCCUCAUCUUAGAAACGGGCGAAGCCAGAGAGGUGCAUCAUAUGUGCGUCUUGCUGGGCUACGGAGCCGAUGCCAUCUGUCCCUAUCUGAUUUUCGAUGCCGCCCGUCGUCUCAGAGAAGAAGGCAUCCUAAAUGAGAAAUACAACGACAAGGAAAUAUUUCGGAAUUACGUUUCGGCCAUGGAGAAUGGCAUAUCAAAAGUCAUGGCCAAAAUGGGAAUAUCGACCCUUCAAUCGUACAAGGGAGCUCAGAUCUUUGAAGCAGUUGGACUGUCUCGAGAGAUUGUUGAUAAGUGUUUCAAGGGCACCUCGUCGCGUUUGAGUGGGGUAACAUUCAAAGAACUGGCUGAAGAAACAAUGGGUCGUCACGCGUUGACGUUUCAACAACGUCAGUGUGACACGUACACAUUACGCGAGCCAGGCAUUUAUCAUUGGCGUCAUGGAGGAGAAAAACAUGUCAAUGAUCCUAAUAGUAUUGGCAAUCUCCAGGAAGCAGCCAAAAACAAUAGUCGAGAUGCAUUUGCUCGUUUCCAAGAAUCGACUAUGGCAAGUUUACGUCAAUGCACUUUGCGAGGUCAGUUGGAGCUGAUUCCAUCGAAAUCGCCGGUCAACAUUGACGAUGUCGAACCAGCUGCAGAGAUUGUCAAGAGAUUCGUAACAGGUGCAAUGAGCUUUGGAUCCAUUUCUAUGGAAGCCCACACUACCCUUGCAAAAGCGAUGAAUCGCGUUGGAGCUAAAUCCAACACUGGAGAAGGAGGCAAAUAUCCGGAACGUUAUUUGAAUCAAGAUCCUGAAAAUAAUCAUCGCUCUGCCAUCAAACAAGUUGCCAGUGGCCGGUUUGGAGUGACAGCAGCUUAUCUUGCCAAUGCUGACGAGUUGCAAAUUAAAAUGGCUCAGGGAGCCAAACCGGGUGAAGGUGGCGAAUUACCCGGUUACAAGGUGACGGCCGAGAUUGCACGCACGCGACACAGCGUGCCGGGAGUUGGCUUGAUAUCUCCUCCACCUCAUCACGACAUUUAUUCCAUCGAGGAUCUGGCCGAAUUGAUUUACGAUCUGAAAUGCGCAAAUCCCACGGCUCGCAUAUCCGUGAAACUCGUGUCUGUUGUGGGUGUAGGUGUAGUAGCCACUGGCGUUGCCAAAGGCAAAGCGGAACACAUUACCAUUUCUGGACAUGACGGAGGCACUGGAGCUAGUAGUUGGACCGGAAUCAAAAGCGCAGGACUUCCUUGGGAACUCGGGGUUGCCGAAACCCAUCAAACUCUAGUCUUGAAUGAUUUACGUUCGCGUAUUGUCCUCCAGGCGGACGGCCAAAUCAGGACGGCAUUCGAUGUCAUAGUGGCCGCUUUAUUAGGUGCAGAUGAAUUUGGAUUCAGCACUGCACCGCUGAUUGUAUUGGGUUGCACGAUGAUGCGGAAAUGUCACUUGAAUACGUGCCCAGUCGGAAUUGCGACUCAGGAUCCCGUUCUUCGCCAGAAAUUUAAUGGCCAACCCGAACAUGUUAUUAAUUAUCUAUUUCUGCUGGCAGAAGAAAUCCGGAAGGAAAUGGCCAGGCUUGGAUUCACGAAAUUCCAGCAAUUAAUUGGAAGAACUGAUCUCCUACGUGUCCGUGACGGGCUGGAUUCUUCUGCUCCAUCUAAAGCCAAACUAUUGAACUUUGACGCUCUGCUACGCAAUGCUCAGAAAAUGCGGCCUGGAGUUGAUAUCGUUGGUGGAUCCAUUGCCCAAGAUUUUGGUCUCGAGGAUCAUCUGGAUCAGAUAUUAAUAAAGGAAUCCGCAUCUGUAUUAAAUGGAACCGGCCGUCGAGUUGACUUUGAAGUUGAUAUCGUCAAUUCGAAUCGAGCUGUAGGCACGACGCUUAGCUACCACAUCGCUAAAAAACAUGGAGAUAAAGGACUUCCAUCCGGAAGCAUCAACAUUCUUAUGAAAGGAUCUGCUGGGCAGAGUUUCUGCGCUUUCUUAGCACGCGGAGUCCACAUCACUCUGGUAGGCGAUGCCAAUGAUUACGUUGGCAAAGGCCUGUCUGGUGGUGAGAUCGUUAUACAUCCGCAUCCGGACUCUACCUUCCGCUCUGAAGAAAACAUCAUCGUUGGUAAUGCAUGUCUUUAUGGGGCCUCUUCGGGACGUGUCUUUAUACGUGGUGUAGCAGCCGAACGCUUUUGCGUCCGCAAUUCCGGAGCUACUACCGUCGUAGAAGGAGUUGGAAACCAUGGAUGUGAAUACAUGACUGGCGGAAUAGUCUUAAUUUUAGGAUCAACGGGACGUAAUUUCGCUGCUGGAAUGUCGGGCGGAAUUGCCUACGUCCUGGAUAUUAAAGGCGAUUUCGCUAGUGUUUGUAAUACGUCGAUGGUGGAACUGUUACCAUUAGUCGACAAUGAAGAUGUCACUCUUGUUCAUUCUCUACUUAAAGAGUUUGUAGAGAAAACAUCAUCCGACGUGGCUUUAUCUUUGCUCGAACAUUGGCCGGAAUCGCGCAGCCGCUUCGUCAAAGUCUUUCCUUAUGAAUAUCAACGAGCUCUGCAAGCCCUGAAAGAGCGUGAAAAGCGAAUGAUGAACGGUAAUUCUGCUGCCAAAACGAAUGGAUUUCAUAAGAAAUCAGCUGAUAUUCAAGACAUUGAGGAUACCGUGAUCAACGGCUUGGGUUCGGCAACAACUGAGAAAGCCUUGGACAAGACGAGGGGUUUUAUGAAAUACAAUCGCGAACUUCAAUCCUACAGGCCUGUUGAGAAACGGAUGAACGACUGGGAUGAAAUUUAUAAUUUCAGUCACAUCCGCAAAGGAUUGAAAGUUCAAACUGCCCGUUGCAUGGAUUGCGGAGUUCCUUUUUGUCAGAGUUCUUUCGGCUGUCCGCUGGGCAAUAUCAUUCCGAAAUGGAACGAUCUCGUCUAUCAGAACAAGUGGAAAGAAGCGCUGGAGCAACUUUUGCAGACGAACAAUUUCCCCGAGUUUACCGGACGCGUUUGUCCGGCUCCGUGUGAGAGCGCUUGCGUUUUGGGGAUUAAUAGCUCGCCCGUCACUAUCAAGUCGAUCGAAUGCGCCAUCAUAGAUCACGCAUUCGAACAGGGAUGGAUGAAGCCCGACCCUCCUGCCAUCCGCAGUGGCAAGAAAGUCGCCGUUGUAGGUUCCGGUCCAGCUGGAUUAGCUUGCGCACAUCAGCUAAAUAAAGCUGGGCAUCUAGUCACUGUCUAUGAGAGGGAUGAUGCCAUUGGUGGCCUACUUCAAUAUGGCAUCCCUACCAUGAAGCUUUCGAGGACUGUAGUCCAAAGGCGAAUAGAUUUAAUGGAAAAAGAAGGAAUAGUCUUCCAAACAGGGGUUAAUAUUGGCAAGGACAUCUCUGCCAAGGAAUUGCACAACAAGUUUGAUUCCGUAGUCCUUUGCCUUGGGGCCACUAAACCUCGAGAUAUAUCGAUACCCGGCCGAGAAUUAGAUGGAAUCUAUCAGGCCGUUGCAUUUUUAGAAACAUGGCAAAAGAAGCAAUCGGCUCCUAAUAAUAAAUUAGGAAAUCCAGCUUUUACUGCUAAAGAUAGAGAUGUCAUUGUUCUUGGCGGAGGUGACACUGGUUGUGACUGUAUCGGUACGUCCCUCCGCCAGGGAGCGCGUUCUAUAACGACGUUUGAAAUUCUUCCACCUCCGCCAACUUCACGAGCUGCCGACAAUCCUUGGCCUCAAUGGGGUCGUGUUUUUAAAGUUGAUUACGGUCACGAAGAAGUCAAAACGAAAUUCGGUAAAGAUCCACGUCUGUUUAAUAUGAUGAGCAAAGAAUUUGUGGGUGAUGGACAUGGAAGAGUAGCUGGUAUUAAAGCAGUGCAAGUUGAAUGGACCAAAGACUCAGCCGGACGAUGGAUCAUGUCGGAAAUUGCUGGUAGCGAAAAGUUGUUCAAGUGUGAUAUGGUUCUAUUAGCCAUGGGAUUUCUUGGUCCCGAACGCUACAUUAUCGAUCAAUUAAAACUCGAUGAAGAUCCUCGCAGUAAUGUGGCAACGCCUAAUGGUCAGUACUCGACUAACGUUGCCCGUGUCUUCGCUGCUGGAGAUUGCAGAAGGGGCCAAUCACUGGUGGUAUGGGCCAUUGCCGAAGGCCGGCAAGCAGCACGAGAGGUAGAUCAAAUGUUAAUGGGUUCGUCUUCGUUGAGCGGACCAGGAGGAAUCAUUCAAUUGAAUGGCUGUAUUGGUGGUACGACUCAAUCAAACCACCAUUGAUUAUAAUUAAUCAACUAUAUUACGUUAAUAGCUUAGAUUUGCAUUUAGAUAAUGGGAUGAUCGUGAUUGGGGGCUUUAAUUGUUUUAAAAACAAAUUAAACGUCGUUCGCUUAUUCUAAUUCCGUUUAUAUAGCUCCUCUCUUUGAAUGACAGUUAAUUUGCAUAUGGCUAUGCUAUGAAAUGCAACUGUUUGAUGGGGGAGAGAAUACACAUCUAACACACAA